AUGAUACCAUUAUCCCUCCCCUUGCUAUUUGGCUUUGUGUCAGCUCUAACCCCAUGUCGAAACUACAAUUGUAUGUCGACGGAGAGUAAACCUUGUUCAGAUGGAUCAAAGUUUACUAACGAAUGGUUUAAUCAACGAUUGGAUCACUUUGACAGCAGUAAUAAUGUUGUUUGGGGACAGGUAAAAUAUUAUUAUUGCUUUUGGAUGUUUUUUGGUUACUAUAAUACUGUAUUUUAAAAACAAAAAGUUUCAAACAUUACUAAAGAAAUAUAGAUAGGGGCGUAAAGAGUAAGUUAUUAUAGUACGUACUGACUUUCAGCACUACCAAGUGAACAGAAAGUACUUCAAAGACAAUGGUGAACAACGUGUCUUCUUGACUCUUGGUGGUGAACAAGAUACGUCUGAUUAUCGUAUGUGUAACGACAAUUACACUCACAUGAUUAUUGCAAAAGAGAACAACGCAAUGGUUGUUCAAUUGCAACAUCGGUUUUUUGGUCGGAAUAAGGGACUACGGUAGGUUUUUGGGGUACGGUAAUUAUGGGUAGGAUAGGUUCGGGUAGGGUAGGGUAGGGUAAGGCAUAACAGGGAAACGAAAGGCAUGAUAAGGAAAGGCAGGGUACAAACUUAUAAUAAACCAAUUCAAAAAUAAUUUUAAAUCUAAAAAGUGCUCUUUCAGUGACACCUCUACCUCAAUGUUGAAGUAUCUUACUGUAGAGCAAGCGAUUGAAGAUACAGUAUCAUUUAUCAAUGGUUUUAAUGAUCUCGAAGGCUUUAACAAUCCAAAAUGGGUACUAAUGGGCAUGUCAUACUCAGGAACAUUGGCCGCCUAUUUAAGAAUGACGCAUCCGGAAAUUAGUCAAGGGGCGAUUGCCAGUUCUGCUCCUAUGUUACCAAAGGCUGAUUUUAAAGGUAAGACUAUCUUCCUGAAGUCGGCUCAAAUUUAAAAAUUUUUUUUCUGUUUUUCUGUUUUUUUUUUUUUUGAAAAAAUGUUAAAAUUGUGUAUUUUAGAGUACGACGCAGCUAUGACAGGAGUGUUCAACGACUACAGUCCAAGUUGUGUACAAGAAAUCAAAAAUGGCUUUAUGGAUUUGGAUCAAAAGCUCCAUUCUCCUCAAGGCAGAGCUGAAAUCAACAAAAAGUUUAGGUAAAAUACGACGAAUUCAUAGUUUUUUAUAUUAGGCUGUUAAAAUAAUUAUAAGCUUCUUAAGCUCGAAAAUUUCUUUCGAGAUGGAGGACGGAAAUAAUUGAAAAACCUAAUAUUUUUUUGAAUUUUGAAACAAAAAACACAUUUUUAUUACAAAACUUUUAGAUUGAGCCCAAAAUUGGAGAUUGAAAACCCAAAAGAAGAAGAUCUUAUUGUAGUCAGCACGACUUUCUUCUAUGCUUUUGAACAGGUCGUUCAACGAACUUACAUUUCUUCGGUACGUUUUUCUUAUAAAAGUCAUAAGAUGCUAAAAAAGUAUCAGUUUAGUUUUACAGUAAAACUUUAUUAGCAUGACAUUCUAGGGCUUAGUCCAAAUUUGUUUUUAUAUAACUCGGGUGUCACACUAUCCAGGUACUUUUUUGUUGGAGUUGUACUAAAAUUGUAAUCAAAAAGCUGUCAUUAUAACAAGGAUGUCACACUAUCGAGCGUCAUACAAAAGAAAUUUUACUGUGAUUUUUUAAAUAUUUUUUAUUUUAUUUUUGCUAACCUUUGUCAAAGCCGUCAAAAAACGCAAUUUCAUAUUUAUGGACCUAAUAUUAGGUUGUUUAAAUAAUUCUGAGCUCCCCUUCAAAGGAAGUUUUUGGGGAUAUUUUUAACUUUUAAAAUAAAAUAUAGAUCUAUAUAAAUUAUGUCAUAUUGAAAUAAAAAACGGCCGAAAAUGGUAUAAAAUCGAAUUUUUCAGCACGCUGAUACUCGCAGAGGAGGUUAUUUGACAGUGGACAACAUUUGCAAAAUCAUGAUGAAUACAAGUCGAACAUAUCCUGAUCGUAUGUAUCAUGUCAGAUGGUUGGCUCAACAUAGAAGAUAUCCAGUUUUGGCCAGUUACCCGAAGCACAUUGAAUAUAUGACCAAAACUGACAUUAAUGGAUGUAAGUCUUCUUUUAUUUUUUAAAUUAUUGUUUUUUUGCCUUUUAAAGUUAACAAUACUGGGCGGCCCGUAUUUUACCAUCGUAAGACCAUUUCGUAUUUACCAUUAUACCAUAAAUUAUUAUUAUAAGUCAUACUGCUUCUACUGGCUCUAAUUAUAUUGUUUUAGCUCCAACUCGUGGCUGGACAUGGAUGACUUGUAAUCAGUUUGGUUGGUUCCAAUACUCAUCGCCGAAGGGUCCUUUUGUUAACAGUGCUCCUAAAGGGUAGGUCAUUUAUAUAAAUUGUAAAACGAUUGUUAAAAUGCUUUGUUGAAAAAUGGGGCAUUUUAAAGAUUUUUUGAAAUAUAUUUGGGGCUGGAAAAGCCUUGUCGUUACUUUACGUUGGCUUUGACCUUUAAAAACGACAAAACUUUUUUUUACCUUUUAUGAAACAAAAAAAAUCUUUUGCUUGCACUUUUGAAUUUUAAAAUUUGUAUAUUUGAGUAUAUCGCGAAUUCGGCAAAUUUGACAUUGUGUUUCAAGCAUUUUUUUGGCUUUCCAAACAAGAUAGGCUUACAAAUUGAAAAAUUUAGGUUUAUUUAAAGGUUUUCUACUAGUAUAUCAAAGAAAAAUGAUUAAAAGCCAAAAAAGGCAAAGUUAUAAGCUUGAAACACAAUGCCAAUUUGGCGGGUAAUUUAAAACAUAAUUCUUUAAUCUCGAUUGUCUUGAGAUUGUCUGGAAAGCGCGAUUUAGUACUGCUGCAGUUCUUAGAUUUUUAUUAUCUUUCUUUUAUAUUUUUACCAAAUUUUCCAGUUUUUUCUAUUUUUUCAUAUUUUCUUAUCUUUUCAGUCAUUCCAAACGAAUUUGUCGCGAAACCUUUGGCUCCCAUUUCUCCGAAGACCAAAUCCAACGAAAUGUGGACAAAACUCUUCAAACCUACGGUUUACCAUGGCAAUUCAACGGAUCCAACACGGUUUUAUCACACGGAAGCUACGAUCCAUGGGCUACAUUAGGAAGCUUUGUCCAAGACAAAGAAAGACAUAUUGUGUCAGUUAUGACAAGAGGCUCUUCCCAUUGUGCUGACACUUUUCCAUGGUACUCGGGGGAGCCGGCUGGACUGGAGCAUGCUCGAACUGUGAUGAGGAAAGAGAGUGCUUACUAUUACUCGUUACCUAGUAGUUUUUUAAGGGGAGCUGAUAAGUUUUCGAAUGGGAAACGGGCUAUUUGGAGGCUGGGGUAG